UGUGCGCCGUGGUGUGACGCAGCGCUCCGGUGUCUGCAGGUGGACGCGCUCCGUUCCAGCUGUUCCAUCGGGAGCCGCUGCAGAUGCUUUUACUCUGAAUCCUGAGGAUUCAUUGACCAGGAUCGCUUAGUGAGGAUAAAAAAAACUGAGGAUUAAUAUCUGAAGAUCAGUAUCCAAGGACCAAUAACUGAACAGUAGGAACUGAGGAUCAUUGUCUGAGGAUCUAGUGGGUGAGGAUAAAUAGCAGAGGAUAUAAAACAGGAUCGAUAACUGAGGAUAACACCUGGCAGGAUGGGCUGUGCUGGAUUCAGCUGCUCCAGACAGAGUCUGUGCGCGAUCAACAUCCUCUACGUGAUGGUCAGCCUGCUGAUGAUCGCCAUCGCAGCGUGGGGGAAGUGGUUCGGCCUGGUGUCCAGUUUCCAGGUGGUGGGAGGUGUCAUCGGCGUGGGCGUCUUCCUCUUCCUGGUGGCCCUGGCUGGUCUCAUUGGGGCCAUGAAGCACCACCAGGUCCUCCUCUUCUUCUACAUGAUCAUCCUGUUCCUGGUGUUCAUUGUGCAGUUCUCAGUGUCCAGCGCCUGCCUGGCCAUCAACACAGAGCAACAGGAGCAGCUGCUGCAGGUGGGCUGGAACUCCUCCCAGAGCACCCGCAGGGACGUCCAGAAGAGCCUCAACUGUUGCGGUUUCAAACACGUGGACCCCAGCGGCCCCUGUGAGGCGGCCUGCUUCCACAACCACUCGUGUCUGCCCUGUGCAGAGAAGAUCCAGGAACAUGUCGGAGAGGUUCUCCGCUUCGUGGGAGGGAUCGGCCUCUUUUUCAGCUUCACGGAGAUCUUCGGAGUAUGGCUCACCUACCACUACAGGAACCAGAAGGACCCCCGAGCCAACCCCAGUGCUUUCCUGUGAGCCCCCACCUGCACCAUGCCAGUGCCGGCUUCCCCCCAGUACCAGCACUGGUCCACGGUACAAUCACCAGCCUCAGUACCAGUUAAACCCCGGUACCCGACCUGGUCCUGGUACCAUCUCAACUCUGGUACCGGAACUGGUCCCGGUACCAUCUCAACCCCAGUACCAGCACCGGUCCAGGUGCCAUCACCAGCCCCGGUACCAGCACCCCCACCCGUCUAGCAGCGCACGAGGAGGGGGCCACCAGGCUGCAGAGGGACGGCUGCUGAUGUUUCACAGCGAGUGUUCUGUGUGGUUCGGUUCCAACACAGCUCUGAACAUGAUGUGAGCAUGACUGAAAUGACUGAAGUUCACUUCCACAUGUAUGAAAAUAAAACCGUUCUGAAAACCAUCCCCAGUUUGAUCUU